AUGCCUAAAGUUCUAAUACAUCGAAUCUGGAUAUUCUCGAGUUGGAAUGAUUGUCCAACACCAAUGAUGAUAAGGUCCCAAAAUAAUUCACAAACUUCCAUACCCACAAAAUCAUCAAUAUCAACAACAGAAAUACGACAAAAUGACACAGACAAGAAGCAAGUACUAGACAAAUUGGAAAAGAUAUUCACAUUGAAAAUCAACUUACCAGAGAGAGAACUCAAUCACUAUAGUUUGAAAUUACAAAAUACAAUAAGUACAUUAAAUCAAGAUCAUUUAAGCUUUGUAAAUAAGGUCUUUGAUGAAAUUUUAGGUCACGACGUUAACUCGAAUCAAUUAAAAUCCGAGAUCGUUGAGUACAUGAUGCACAAUGAUGGCGUGAGUUCUUGGUGUUCACCUUUGAAAAAAGUAGUAUCAAGUAUUGAAAAGUGA